GUCAGCUAUUGUUCAUGAGAGUCUCUCUCGUCCGGUGUCGCGAGCAGCUCCGUCUGAAUGUCUGUGUGGCAGUCGGUGGAGUUACACUGAGGCACAGUUACACAUAUGAAGUCCCCCUCCAGCACGGCCAGCAUGGGCACUCAGAGAAAAGACAGUUUCCUCUGGGGUAAAGCUCCAGAAGGUUUCAGCCAGAUGGAAAAGAAACCGACUGAAGGCAUUAGGGUCCACAAGAACGACAUUCUAGAUGACAUCCAGAAAAUCAGAUUGGACAUUGAAAAUGUGCUGACUGAAAUCCACACCAUGGAGUCCAACCAGGAGAAUAAGAACGUCGUGAGGGCGAAGAGGUUCCUGUGCGGGAAGAAGAAAUUUAACAUGGACCCAGUGAAGGGCAUCCAGUACCUGCAGAAUAAUGAUCUGCUGGACAAUACUCCAGAAGCAGUGGCGGAGUUUCUCUACAAGGAAGAAGGCCUCAGUAAAACUGCUAUUGGCAACUUCCUUGGGGAAAGGGAGGAAUUCCACCUUCAGAUACUGAAAGCCUUUGUAGAUCUCCAUGAGUUUUCAGACCUGAACCUUGUGCAGGCUUUACGGCAGUUCUUGUGGAGUUUCCGGCUUCCUGGAGAAGCCCAGAAAAUCGAUCGCAUGAUGGAAGCUUUUGCUCAGAGAUACUGCACCUGUAACGUGGGGGUCUUUCAGUCCACAGACACUUGUUACAUUCUGUCCUUUGCCAUCAUCAUGCUGAACACCAGCCUGCACAAUCCGAAUGUAAAGGACAAGCCAACGCUGGAGCGCUUCAUCAGCAUGAACCGAAGCAUCAACAACGGCGGGGACCUUCCAAAUGACCUCCUCAUGAAACUGUACGAGAGCAUUAAGAACGAGCCGUUUAAAAUUCCAGAGGAUGAUGGGAAUGAUCUCACUCACACCUUCUUCAAUCCUGACCGUGAGGGUUGGCUUCUGAAAGAGGGGGGCAGAGUGAAAACGUGGAAGAGGAGGUGGUUUAUAUUAACAGACAGCUGCCUGUACUACUUUCAGUACACCACGGACAAGGAGCCUAUAGGGAUCAUCCCCCUGGAGAACCUGUGUGUGAGGGAAGUGGACGACCCACAUAAACAGUUCUGUCUGGAGCUCUUUAAUCCUAAAGGGCAGAAGAUAAAGGCGUGUAAGACUGAUCCGGACGGCAGGGUGGUGGUGGGGAAGCAUCAGUCUUACAAGAUCAGCGCCGCUUCUGCUGAGGAGCGAACCGACUGGGUCGAAGCCAUCAGAGCGUGCAUCACCAAAGACCCCUUCUACGACCUGGUGUCCGCGCGGAAAAGAAAAGUCAUCAGCAACAGCAGCGCAGAGCCCCACCAAUGAGCUUCAAUAAGUGUUUACGUGUACAAGUUAUAACCAGGAAUGGGUAGGCAGCAGCGGAGUGACUCGACGGACUGCUGAUUCCUGGCUUGUCCUAGAUUUGGAUUUGUCUCAGGAAAAAUGACAUUCCAUUCGUAGACACGAACUGAAUUAGCAUUUUUCUUAUUAAGUCCAAACUGCUUUUAAUCCAAUCCAUACCAUGGUUUUCAUAUAGAUGAAAAUCAGGUGUGAAUGGCUUGGAUUGUACCCUGGAUGUAAAUUCCGCAAAGCUCACCAAAUGUACUUGCUCCAGAAGUCUUUGAUGCAAAAAUUGAACAGUGCCUGCUUUCCAAGCCAUUUGAUUGGCUAUCCUCUUUUCACAUGGCAUAACACUGUAUAGUCAUUGCCAUUUUAAGGACUGAAUCAGAGAGUGGCUGCGCUGCACGACGCCUUUGACUAGCUGUGCUUUGUGAAUGAUUCACCUGCAAGACGUGACAGAAGCCGUGAGACGAGAGACACACAGGUCUUAAAUUCAGUGUUUUCACUCCAGGUUUGGAGCCGCUGCACUGUAUAGUUUAGUGUUUCUCACUGCUGUUCACACCUCAUUCAGCUCAAGGAAGGAAUUAAUCAGCUAAUAAUAUCAGGAAUUUUAACCAGGUAACCACCAUUAUGCAGUGCAGGGGUUUCAGGACUUGAGCUGAACUCUGAACUAACUGCACCAGCAAACUUACAGAAUCACGCCUGUCGAAAAACGACGUCGUUUUCUGCCCCACGUCAUUCACUCUGAUAUUUAACAUUUAUGAUUCUCCAUUCAAACGUCAUUUAAAUCAGAAUCAGAGAGUAAAGCUAUACCGUCUGUUUGCAUCUCCGUUAGGGGGAUGACUGCUUAUUUCUUGGCUGUUAGCCCUCUAUUGCAUCCAUUAUGAAAGCAAUUUAAUAACCUCACUUUCUUUGAUUAUUACAUUAUAUACUUAUAAAAUAAUAUAUACUGAUUAUUAAUCAUCUGUCCCAGUUAUUAAAUUCAAAAAAAUUUUUUUAAAUCAUGCAGGGAUCUUUUUGGAGUCUGUUUCCUUGAGGCAACAUGGUGAGGCAAUGGGAAGACAUUAUGUAAAUCUGUGCUGAGACCUGGACUGUGACUGGAUAGAUCCAUUCCUCUGUCACACAGUGUUGCUUCUAGGCAACAAACAUAGUUCUGCAAAUUCUCAUAACAAAAAAACUUCAUACUGAACGUUAAAAAAGGUUUAAAUGUGGCCAAUAAGAGCUCGUAUGACCAAGUGCCUGCUUUUGUUGACUUACUCAAACUCUUCCCUUUAUGAUUACCCCUGUUAUUGUCUUUAAAUAUGCUUAAUGUUAUUGUAACGUGAGGAAAAUGAGUUUGUUGCCCUGAGGCAACAUCGUGCAGUAGAGGGCUAACAUUAGCUAAAGUUACCUAAAGGCUAACACUGUUCACAUCUGUGUUGAUUAGCUGAUAUCGUUUCCCUCCAACGAUGACAGAGUUGUUCUCUUCUUUAUGCAACACCAUGGGAUCCUUUACCCACCCUGGCGCGAAGAGCCGGUGGGCUUCUGAUCUUGAUCUGACUGUUGGUGUGACCUUUACUUCGCAUGUGCCCGUGUAGCGUAUGCAAUGGAAAGAGAGGCAGUCAAGACACUUCAAAUGAAGCUGAAAGACAGGAUUUCUAGUGACCCCAUUAAGCCAGUCCAGUCCAGGUUCAUCAACGCCACCAAAUGACAGCGAGCUGAUUCGUGGUUCCGAACGUCCACGGUUCCACGGCUAGCCACGUUAGCAUGCCUGCGUUAGCACUAGCUGCACCAUUAAAAUGUCAAACAAGAGGUUAGCUUAACUUUUUUUUCAGUGGACCAAGCUGUGGUUUAGCACAGCGGCUGCGCUUCUCGGCCGCUUUUUCACUUCCCAUACGCUGCUGAGGCUACGGGUGGCCUUUCUGGGGCUUGGCGAGGUUUGCUCGGUGUAGUCAUCUGUGGAGGUGUGAGAAACGAUUGUCAUGUUUAAUUGUAGUGUUCCAAGAAAUGGCGCUCUGAAGCAGAGCACUGAAUUUCACUUCCACUGCGGUUACUGUCUAUAAACAUCAACUAGGCAGUUCACUUGCAACGGCAAUGCUAAAGAGGAAGCUGCUGUUUGUCAAAGUAAGCGUAAGGCAGCUCAGGGCUAAAGCAGAAGUUCCUUGGGCCUUUUUCUGAACUCUCGUCAAUCUUGAUCCAAAACUAGAAAAUAUCUUCAGCUAAAUUGACUCCAGAAACGAUUCUUAUGGUUGGAAAUGACAAGCCGUCACAUGAAAUGGUUUUAGAAGGCCUUGACUUUACCAUAUUAUGUGACUCAAUGUUAGAAUCCUGUCCUGAUGUGUUGUUUUCAUUUUAGUAUGAGCAUUUUGUAUCAUAUGUACGUGUAUUUUUGUAAUCUUAGUAGAUUAAUAAUUUUUCCAAGUGAUUUUAUAAUGUUUACACAUGCUAGCAAUGUAAUUUAGUCUUCUUCAGUACCAAUAAGCUUAGUAAAACAUUCUGUAAAUGAUUAAUUUAUUAAAUGUUACAUGUUAAACUUUGA